ACUCUGUAAACCGCUUAGGGAGGGCUGAAAGCCCUAUGAAGCGGUAUAUAAGUCUAACUGCUAUUGCUAAAGACCGUUAGAAAGACCAGCUGGGUGGUGUGUAUAGUCUGAAAACAGUCUGGAAAACGUCCACGAAGACCAGCUGGCGGGAAACCAGAAGAGCAGCUGGCGACGGCGUGCCACCUCUGGCACACAUGCCACAAGUUCGCUAUCACGGGACUAGAAGCAGCAUUUGAAAUGUGGAUUGACGGGCGGCUGUUCUACAUAUAAGCCGGAACAACAUCGGAAAGGAGGAGGUGGCAAAGCCAAGGGAACUCAAAACCAUAAAACGAAAGUUUAGAAUAUUUCGGAGCAGGCGAUGCGACACCCGGGAAAAAUACGCCAUCCUUCACUUAAUCCUCCAAGGGAAAAUCGAAGGCAGACGAGGUCCAGGCAGAAGAAGAACAUCGCGCUUUCAAAAUUUAAGGCAUCGGGUUUAGACGAAACGCAACCGCGCAUUUGUCACGCGGUUGUUGAUAAAAAUUGGAUCGACGACGGGCAUGGUGCAAGACGAGGCAGCUCGGGACAGCGGGUUGGACUAGAUGACCUACAAGGCCCCCUUCCAACUCUCUUCUGAUGGGUUUGAGUCUCAACUUCCAACCUCUUAGAAUUUGGCCAGUGGGGGGAAAAAGAGAAAGAAGGAAAGGAGUGGAGGGAUAGAAGGAGAUAAGAAAGCAAGGAAAGAUCUCUUAGGGCCUUUAUAGAAGCAGGUCCCACAGAGUUCAAGCGAGGAGCAAAACUUUUUUCUUCUUUUGAGAUCCUUGCCAACCAAUCCUUGAUUUCCCCCCGCCGAAGGCUGCAAGGGACAGCCGGUCUCCUAAUCCAUUGUGCCCUUCUGUCCUUCACUUCGGCUGGGCGACAUGCCCGCAGCUGUCGCCGGGCGUCAUUUUAAACACCAUGGGUUCUCCCCACCCCCUCUCCCGUCGACUCUUUUCUCCUUCGGUUCCUCGCCCACUUGCCAACCGGGGCAUCUCUGCCAGUUCCUUCAGGUGGGGCGAUCCGAGGAAGGGAGGGGAUGGCAGAAGGACGGGCCCCUAAAAGGCCCUUCUCGCUGCUGGCCACGGGCGCCGGGUGGGCCAAAUCCCUGGGCCAGGCGCUGGUGGUUUUCUGGAGCAAUCAAUACGCUUGGCUACUCGGGGUGCCAGGCCUCCGUCGUGCUUACCACCUGUGGCUGGCGUCGGUGGUCAUUUUUGGGCCCCUGCUUCAGUUUUACGUCAACCCCCGGGCCAUCUUUGCCAAUCAUCACAACUUCUUUAACAUAAAAUUUGUCCGAUCUGCCUGGGGUUGGACCUGCAUUUUCCUCGGCGGAUUCAUCCUUCCGGUGGUUUACCUGUCCACGCACCAGAUCCUGCUCACUUUACGUCACCUGGCCCGCUUGGCGGUGGGCGCCAGCCUCUGGCUCGGCGCCACCGAAGCCUUCCUCCUGAUUGAGAACCUGACUGGCUACUGCUUCGACCCCGUGCCGGAAGGGAUCCUGGUGAACGGCCUGGCGGACAAAUGGACGUGCCUUCACAAAGGCCACAAGUGGCACGGCUACGAUGUCUCGGACCACACUUUCCUGCUGACCUUCUGCUGCCUGCUGAUGGUGGAGGAGACGGCCAUCUUCCGGCGCUACCUGGCCCAGGGCCACCCGGCCGGGGUGCCGCUACGCCUCAUUUUCCUGCUUAACGUCCUCCUCCUCCUGCUCUGGAACUUCCUGCUGGCGUGUACGGUGGUGUACCUGUACGACUACAGCCACAAAGUCGUAGGGGCCGCCAUCGCCACGCUGUGUUGGUUCCUGACCUACCGGUGCUGGUACCGCUGCCCGUGUUCGCCGGGGAGACCCGGAGCCGGCCUGUUUCUCCGGGGAGCCACGAAAGAGGCCACGCGGCAGAACUGAGCAUCUGCCCAAAAGUCGAGGCGCUCCAUCAGUUGCCCCAAAUAAAGAAAGGACUCUUUCCAAA